AUGUCAAAUUCAUAAGGUGUGAGCUUAUUAGAAAAUUUAAGAAAAGUGAUCACAUUAGUUGAUCAAUUAAGAGAUAUUGGUUUAAAUGAUUAUAUCAAAUUGCCAAGAAUUGUUGUUUUGGGUAUUCAAUCUGCAGGAAAGUCUUCUUUACUAGAGCAUAUUGUUGGAAUAGAUUUUCUCCCUAGAGGAUCCGUAAAUCUUAUUUUAUUGAAUUUAGGGUGUUGUCACAAGAAGACCAUUAGAAUUGCGUUUAUCGAAUGCUCCAGCAAGUGUUUGUCCUAUACCUACUGCAGAAUUUGUAGAAGAAAUCAAAGGCAAAAAGUUCACUAAUUUUGAGGAAGUUCGAUAAUAAAUAAUUGAGUUGACUGAUAAGGUAUGUGGAUAGGCUAAAAACAUUAUAGACAAGCCAAUAAUAUUAGCAGUCUAAGGACCUAAUUGUCCUGAUCUAACAUUAGUUGGUAUCGAAAAAUCUUAAAUAUUUUUCAUUAGAUCUUCCAGGAAUUACUCGUAUUCCAAUUUCAGGUUAGCCAUCAAAUAUAGAAGAAAUAACAACUAAUAUGGCUAAGAGAUAUUGCGAAGACAAAUUAGCUAUUAUAUUAUGUGUAGUUGCAGCAAAUGCUGAUAUGACUACAUCUGAUGCAUUAUUGUUAGCUAAAAAAUUAGAUCCAGAUGGUAUGAUAUAUACUUAGUUUAAUAGGUAUUCGAACUAUUGGAGUCUUAACUAAAAUUGAUAUUAUGGAUUAGGGAACAAAUGCAUUCAAAAUGCUUAAGGGAGAAGAAGUGCCAUUAAAAUAUGGCUAUGUUGGGGUCAAAUUAAGAUCUUAAUAAGAAAUUAAUGACAAUAUUCCGAUUAUUUAAGCAGUUCUAAGAGAAAAAAACUUUUUUGCAAAUCAUCCUGUAUAUUCCACUAUUCCAGGAGAAAUCUUUGGAACCCAAGUUUUAACAAGAAAAUUAACAACAAUCCUUUACAGAAGGAUUAGAAGUUUCCUUCCAGAAUUAAUGAAAGAGAUAAACAAUAGAGUUGCAAAAAUAUAAGUAAGAUUAGAUGUCUUGGGCCCAGGCCUGCCAGUUGAAGAUUCUGUAUAUUUAAAUCAAAUAACAUUAGGAUAAAAUGCAUUAUAUUUGGAAAUUAGUUCAUGAAUUCUCUGUAAGAUUUAAAAACUCAAUCACAGGAUCUUAUUAAAAGGUUAAAUCAAUAAAGAAAAAUGAUUUUUUCAAAGUACCAGCAGGAGCAAAAAUAAAACUAUUAUUCUAAGAAAUAUAUGAUGAGUUUAAUGAUCUUGAUUACCAAGCCUUAAAGAAAUAUUCUGAAGAUGAUAUUACACAAAUUAUCUAAAAAUAUUCUGCUUAAACUAUUCCUGGAUUUCUCCCUGUUGAUGCAUUUUAUGCUUUAUUAAAUCCAGAAUUAAAAAGAUUGUAAUAACCAGCCUUUAAUAUUAUUGAUGAAGCUUAUUCUAUCCUUGAAGAAUAUGCAAUAGCAAUUUUGGAUGAUUAAUUACAAUCGUAAUUUAAACUUAAUAUUUAGAAUUCCAUCUGUUCUCAAAAUGUUGGAGGAAUAGGUACUUGAAAUUAUUUAAGAGUGUAAAUAAAAUGCUUACAAUUCUGUGCAGGAUAUAUUGGAUGCUGAGAUGAACUAUGUUUUCACUAAUGAUUUUAAUUAUUUGGCUGGUAAAUAGUUUAUAAGAUUUGGAAAACCUGCUAAAGAGGCUUAACCAGUCAAGGGAUAAUACAUGGUUGCCGAAUUGAAGAAUAAAAUUGAGCAUUAUUUUAAAUUAGUUGUUAGAUCAACAAGGGAUAAUAUACCUAAAUUGGUUGGUUACUUUUUAGUAAAAGGCUGUUAAGUAAUAAAAUUAUAAAUAAUUUAUUAUAGACUAAAAUGCUUAUGUAGUUGUAAUAAAAUUUAAUGCAAAAUCAAUAUCUCCUCUAAGCCAUAAGUGAAGAUUAAAAUAUAGUAGAAGAAAGAAAAAAAUUAAAUAAAGAAAUUGAGACUUUUAAAAAUGCCUAAAAAAUCAUUAAAAGAGACCCUGAGUAUUAUAUACUAUUAUCUUAGUCUUUCGGAAUACAUUUUAUCUUCUUAAGAAGACCAAGCAGCUGAAUAACAAUAAUCAUAAUAAAUCUAGUAAAAUAAACCCUAAUAAUAAUAGUAAUAAUAAUAAUAAUAAAAAUAAUAAGAUCCAAAAACUUAACUUAUUACAUAAAAACCAGAAUCUAAUAAAGUUCCUUCUGCUCAAACAUCUAAUGAUACAUUAAAAAAUUAAAUGAAUGAUGCUUAAUCCUAAAAAUAAUAAUAAUAAUAGCAAAAUACAUAACAGUACUCAUAAUCUUAAUCAUCUUAACAACCACCUUAAACAACUUAAGUGAAGCCUCCAUCAAAUUUAUUUGGAACUUUAUCGAAAACCCCCUAACCAUAAGCUGCUUAAUAAAAUACUAAUCCUUUACAAGGUAAUAAACCAUCUUCUUCUUAAACAUUAACUUAAUAAUACAAUUAAUAAGUUGAUAAAACUGUAGCAGCCUUCUAUGAAGAUGAUAAAGUAAAAGAAUAAAUGAAAAAUGUUGGAGGAUAAGCAGCCAAAGCUGCUGUGAAAAGUUAAAUUCCUGGAGCUCCAGAUUGGGCUUUAAAUGCGGCAGAAAAAGUAGGUCAACAAGCAGCUACAAGUGAUGCUGCAAAAUAAGCUGCAAUUGUAAAAAAUUUAAUUUAAAAUAGAAUGCCACUUCAAACUAACUAAAAGUUGAUGAUUAGCCAUCAUAAUAAAAUUAAUAAGCUUCAUAACAAAAAAAAUAAGGAUUAUUUGGAUUUAUUAAUAAAUCAUGA